AUGAUGGAGGACGCUCUGAGCGAUCUGCUCGCUGGCCUUGGCCUCUCUCGCUACGCGCCCAUCUUCGAGGAGGAGGCGAUCACCGAGGUGGCGCUGCUCAAAAGCAUCGGGAGCACAACUUUUGUGUCGUCAAUGGCAGAGCUGAGCAUGGACGAGUACGCGGCCGAGGCUCUGCGCGCCGAGCUGUUUGGCGCCGAGGCGCCACGGUCGGCGCCGUCGGUCCGACCCGGUCUCCUCACCGAGGAGUCUGACGACGAGCUCGCCCUCGAGGAGAACGAGGAGGGCGGAGGCGCGCGCGGCGCGGCGGUGGACGUGACGGGCGUCUCGGCUGCGACAGCGGCGGGCCUAACGGUCGAGGGCACUCUGCGCAAGAGCGGGAGGCCCGUGUCUGUGCGGCUGAGGCACCGGAUCCUAGAUGAGCAGCAGAAGCCGAGCAAACGGCACCUCACGAGCUACCACGACGCCGAAGAGCACGAGGGCACGGCCGAGCAGGACGCGCUCAUCUGCUCCGAAAUGGCGUCGGCCGCGGCAGAGGAGCGGCUGCGGCUGCAGCGGCUGAGCGGCGCCGCCGGCUGGUGCCAGUUGGUCAAGGAGUUGGGGAGCGAGGUGGAGGCGGCCGUGGGGGUAGGGUGCGAGCUCACGCGAUACCCGGCGGUCUACGUCGACAAGAUCGAGGCCGUGGCAACCAGCUGUCUCCUCGCUAUGCGCGGCGCUGCGGCGGUCGGCCUCGGGUUCGACGGCACCGCGCCGUUUGCCGAGCAUGUCUGGGUGCAAGGCCCGCCGGAGGGGGCGCGUCGCGCCGCCGACUGGUCCGUCGUCGUGGGAGAGGUUGAGCCGCUCGAGGAGCGGGACCCGUCGGAGCGCUUCAGCGCGAAAGACCUCGUCCGCUCGGCGUUGGGCGAGUGGUUGCGCGAGUGGUGGCGCUCGACGGCGCCCAAGCUGAGCAUCGUCGACGGGCGCACUCCGCAUGAGGGCUACGCGCGCGUGCUCGGGCGGUAUGGCGUGCUCAAUUGGCUGCUGUUUGGAUGCUUUAACGCUCCAGGCUGGGCGGACGAGCAGCUCGACGGCGAGUCUAUCCUGCAGCUUGUACAACACGGGCCGGUGAGCGAACGGUCCGCUGAAGAGCGCGAGGCGGCGCAGCGCCGCUGGGCUGCUUUCACACAGGAGGCGUUUGUGCGUCUUGGCCCGCGCCGUUUCGACGAGAUGAAUGCGCAGAUCGGCCAGAUGAACGACGGCGAGAUCUCGGUCGACGAUUUGCUUGCCCGGGCGCGCUAUUUCAUGUGCCCUGACAAUGAGGAUUUGCACGCGGCCCUCGGCCAGAUGAUCCGUGGCUAG